AAUCUCUAAAUUGAUAAUUACUUUAACAGAAAAAGUAGUUCUUCAAAAUAAUCCAUCAGAUUUUAGUUUCAGAUUUUAAAUUCUUUAUUAUAAAAAUUAGAUAUUUAGGAAAUGUAUAUUGAGAAAUUUCAUAAAUCUAAUAGAAGUUUCUCUAAAGGUUCUGCUCAUUAGUCAAAUACAAACUAACUGAAAUAACUAAAAUCAAAUAGGCUGAAUAACUCAUUAAACAAAAUUAGUUAGUAUGAUAAAGAUGAUAAAGCUCUUAAAGAUUUAUAAAACUCGUUGAUUGGUUAAUAUGACCACUUUGAAUUACAAGAAAUAUAAAAUAAAAAUAUCAAUGAAAGUAAUCUUAGAUAGCUAUUUUACUCAUAAAAUGCAAGGGGAAAAUCUGAUUCGAUUUAAAAACCUGCAAAACCUCCUCUAGAUAAUUCUAAAACUUCUAAAGAAAAAUAAAGAUUACAGUAGAUUUAUACUAACUUAAAUAGUAAAGGCCAUCGCAGAAUAGAUUAAAAGCAACAUAAUAUCAAAUAGGAUACAAAAUAAAAUACACAUGAACACGAAAUAUAGAAACAUAAUUUAAACUAAGAGUAGCAGAUAAAACAGUAGUUAAAUUUAAAUUUAUAAAAUGAUAAAAAGUAUUGUUUUUAUGAUGCUAGCUACUAUUAAAAUUAUAUUAGAAACUCUCCUUAAGAUUUUGAUGGCAAAAACUCUAGUUAAAAUUCUUCAUUUUACUCUCAAAUGGGAGGUAAAUCUAACUAAUAAGAUGAAUAAGCUCAAGUAGUUGUUGAUUCAAUUUAAGCAGAUAAUUUGAACAACAUUAAAACUAUAACAUCAUCAAAUAAUAUAAGUAAAUAAGAUAUAACAACGUUAAAUCCAUCAUUUUAUAACAACAAAUAGAAAUUUAUAUCAAAAUUCUAAAACUAAAGUCAAAACUAAAACUCACAAGUUAUUAAUUAAAGUAAUUUAUAAAAACAUGCAGUUACUUAGGAUCAAAUUUAACAACAAUAAUCUGCAUAUAAGUAGUCAACUCAACAUUCAUCAAAUAAUCAUAUGCUUACACAAAGCACGGAUUAGAGCAAAUAAAUAAAAAAUAUUUCAUUAUUAAAAUUAGAAUAAGCACAAUAAAAAAAUGACCCUUUAGCAUAAAUAGAUGAACUUAAGUAAAUCAUGAUGAUUGAGCAAUAAAAUAUAUCAAAAAUACUAAAUAAGGGAAACUAAGUACUCUAACCUAAAUUAACUAACAGUAGUAUUAAAGAAUAAAAGACAAGUUUUUAUAAGAAGUCAGAUAUCUCAAUAUCUGAUAUAAAUAAAGAGGGAUUAUUAGGAGCUUAUGAAGAAUACAAUAAACUGAGUAAACAUGAAAUAAUUGAAAAACUAUUAGUCUCUGAACAUAUAAUGAAGCAACUUUAUAAAAAAACUAAAUAGUAUUAAGAAUUGAUCUUGCAAAUAAGCUAAUAAAAGUAAGAAGAAUAAUCUUAAAAAUGA